CAGGAGUGUAUGUUUCGCCUCUCUCUUGACUGAAACAGAACUUUGAAGACUUACUUGAAGACUUACUUUUAACAGUUCAGAGAUUCAGACGGGUCACAAAUUAACUAUUCUGAUUCUGAUUUCGUAACAUAUUUGUCUGAACCAGCAUCAUCAUGGCGGAGUCUGGUUUCCCUUUACCCCCAGAUGAUUAUUGUCAACUGUGUGUUGACGCACUGAGAGACCCAGUAACCAUCCCCUGUGGUGACACCUACUGCCUGGAGUGCAUCAAAAUCUACUGGGACCAGUUUGACCACAUGGGCGUGUACAGCUGCCCACAGUGCCGCGCAACCUUCACACCACGACCCGUGCUGAGACGUAAUCUGCCGGACGUGCACCAUGAGCCACGGCGCCAGCCUCUGGAGCUCACUCCAUUCCCCUACAUGCACAGAGAAUCCUUCUGCGAUUUCUGCGUUGGUCGUCGUAACAAGGCAGUGAAGUCGUGCCUGAUGUGCCUGGCCUACUACUGCGAGACGCAUGUCAAGCCACAUUAUGAGUCUUCCACCUUCAAGAGACACAAGCUGGUGGAUGAGACAGGCCAUCUGGACAGGAAGAUCUGCCCUCAGCAUGAGAAAGGCUUAGAGCUGUUCUGUCGUUCUGAUCAGAUGUGUAUCUGUGUGCUCUGUACUGUAAGAGAACACCGCGGUCACAACAUUGCCUCAGCAGAAGAAGAGCGCAUCGAAAAACAAAAAGUCCUGGUGGUCACCCAGUCUGAAGUCCAGCACAUCAUUCAAGAAAGGAUGAAGGAGCUGCAGGAGCUUAAGCAUAAUGUUGAUGUUCUCAAAAGUAAUGCCCAGCGAGCACAGGCAGAAAGUGACAAGACCUUCCAUGAAAUGCUGCAAGCAGUAGAACGCUGGAAAGCUGAAAUCCAUCAGAUGAUAACGGCCAACAUGCAGGCAGCAAUGUCGCAGGCUGAGGGUUAUGUGGAACGUCUGGAGCAGGAGAUACUGGAGCUACAGCGCAGAGAUGCAGAGCUACGGCAGAUCCUGGAAACAGAGGACAACAUUCACUUUCUGCAGAAUUUUCCGACCCUGUGCGUUCCUCCUGAAGCCAUGGUGCCCAAAGUGCUCAUCAACCCUCAGUUCUCCUUUGGAGAGAUGAGCAAGACGGCCACAGAGAUGAAGGAACAUCUGGAUGACAUCUGUAAGAAGGAACUGAGCAAAAUCUCCAAGACAGUUAGUGAAACCCCUGUGUACAUACUUUUGCCAAGAAAUGGAGACAAACGGCUGAAAGUUCCUUCCAGGGUUGAUUUCCAGGAGCCAAAAACGAGGACAGACUUCUUAAGAUACCUCUGCAAGAUGUCCUUCGAUCCAAACACAGUCUAUAAAGAGUUGGUCCUAUCAGAUGGAAACCAGAGAGUCACACGGAAGAAAACAGUUCAGUUUUACCCAGAUCAUCCAGAGCGCUUCGAUGGCUUCUCCCAGGUGCUGUGCAAAGAGCCUAUGACUGGUUUCAGAUUUUAUUGGGAGGCUGAGUGGAACGGGGAGUUUUCCAUUGGGGUGGCCUACAAGAGCAUCAGUCGCAAGGGAAAGAAUUCGCACAGCCUGCUUGGCUACAACGACAAGUCUUGGAGUCUCCUCUGCUCAGACUCAGGCUACUCUGCCUGGCACAACAAAGUAGACAGAGACCUUCCUGAAGCCCGCCGGGCCACACGAAUUGGGGUCUACCUGGAUUAUGCAGGAAACACUGUGGCCUUUUACUCAAUAUCAGAGAAUAUGGAGCUUAUCCACAGAUUUAAAGCUCAGUUCAGUGAGCCCUUGUAUGCUGGUUUUGGUGUGGGCUCCUCUGUUACCCUCUGCCAGCUGAAGCAGAAUCACAAUCCUUACUAAUGAUAAUGCCUCAGUGAAUGUAAUUCCAAGGCAAAUUUCUGUUUGUAGAAGUACACUGUGAUUUAAUAGAAACACUGCAAGUAAUGAAUCCUCUAAUGCAAAUAACAGAAAGCUUAAAUUCAAUAGUGCUGUUCCUAGAAGCAUUGGCAUGCUGUGGCUAAAUUCAUUUGCAGACAGACAACAAAAAUAUUGUUUUUGUAUACAGUAAAAACAGAAAUUUAGAUGCUUUGAAUUACAGCAAGUAACUUUCACGGUUAAGGUGUAAAGCAAUUAUAUUAAACACUGAAAAUGCCUUGAUAACAAGACAUUCGCUAUGUUGUUCUGUAGUAGCAUAGUAUGGACAUAUCAAAAACUGGCUCUACAAUGGACCAUUCAAGCUUUUGUGUUGGCCACCAUAAUUCUCUUAAAUGUCUGGUUUCACGUCUGCAACCUCAACACUAGAUGGCAGUAUAUCCGAUACA